GGAACUUUAAAUAUGUAUUUUAAAGUAAAAUUAAAUAAAUUUUUAAAUUUGAUAAACAAACUGGCGAUAUUUCACAAAAACGAAAACGUCUUGUUGUGCCGUUGAAUUCAUGUUGUAUCGUAGUACAGUAGUAUAUAUUUACGGUUGUAUUCACCGUGAAUCGAAUCAGCUGACCGUAGUAAACAUACGAAUCAUUUGUAAGUGGACGUCGUUUCGGGCGGGUGUUUUGUCCUUCUUUACGUUGAGAAGCUCAAGCAAUGGGGGGUUCUCAAAGCGUUUUCAGUGAUGAUGAACUACAAGAAUAUUCUUGUGUUCAAAAGGUUUGCAGAAGUUGACCCAGAUGCUGUAAAUCAAGAUAGAUUUGCAAGAAUACCACUAGAAAAAGUUUGUCAAAUACCAGAAUUGAAAGUUAAUCCGUUCAAUGAUAGAAUAUGCAAAGUAUUUUCAACAGCAUUGAAUGGAGAUGGGAGUUUAAUGUUUGAAGAUUUUCUUGACAUGAUGAGUGCAUUUAGUGAUCUUGCCCCAAGAAAUGUAAAGGCGGAAUGGGCAUUCAAAAUUUAUGAUUUUAACGGAGAUGACUUAUUGGAUUCUGACGAUCUUCAGAAUGUUGUCGAUCGUCUGACAGGUUCUGAUGAUAAUUUAACGGAAGAGGAGAUGGAUCAACUGAUAAAUAAUGUAAUGAUAGAAGCAGAUCUUGAUGAUGAUAAUCAGUUAUCAUUUGCUGAAUUUGAACAUGUAAUAUCGAAAUGUCCUGAUUUUAUGAAUUCAUUUCGAAUUCGUCUCUGAUGAUACUUAUUUAUCAUGGUCACCACUGUAUAAUGAAAGCACUUUAUGCAGUAACAGAAGACAAUCCACUUUCAAUGCCGAUUCCGCACAUUCUUCAAUUAACGGUGCCUUAUACAUAAUAAUUAGCAGUAUAAAUAUUUUUGUAUAUAUUGUAUCUCUCUUCAAUACUUAUUGCUGAAUAUGUAUGUAGGUUUUUAUCUCAAAUCAAAAAAGUUUGUUGCAUUAUCUCAAAAAUGAAAAAAAGUGUUGGCUUACUGUUAAUUCUAUUGGUUUGCUCAAUGUUGUUUUAAAAAUGUGCGUUGUAUGAUAUUAAAAGGUAAAUUGCAGCAAAGACUUUCAAUAGAAACAUACCCUAUUUAAAUAUAUAGCUAUAUAUAAUUGUUUGGGUAAUUCAUUCAUAUUUGUAUCCUUGCUUAUUCAAUGGAAAUCCUAACUCCCCGUCACAAAAAGCUGAAUAUAAAUAUUUUACUACCACUAUAAAAUAACUUGGCCAUCUAAACAUCAAUAGCCUUCCUGAGAUAAUCAAUUCAUAAGAAUACUUACUUCCAUAUAAAAUAACAAUCAUCACUUCUAUUAAAUUUCAAUUUAAUUUACCUUUGUCAGUAUAAGAGUAGCCUUAAUAUUAUUUUCUUGUAGUUUUUUGCACAUGUCCAAGACAAGUAAAGCGUACUCAAAUGUUAAUUUACCGUACAUCUUUUACAAUCCAAUAACAUAAGUGACAAAUCGACUAAUUAUCCACUAUCUACAAUUCAUUAUUCUCUGAUUUAGCUAUUAAUAAUUUACUUCUAUUUAUGUACCUCACUGCUUAUUUUGCACACUUCCAUCAUAGUAAUUAAACCAGGGUAAUUUUUCAUUUAUGCUCAAAUUCUAUUUGACAAAUUUUACUUCUGAAAACUUUAUCGCUUAUAAAUUUGUUUCCAUAAUCAGAAUAUUUUAUAUAUUGCAUGUUUGUCCAAAUUUUAUGAAAAAGGCUAUGGUAGUGUCAUUUUGAUAUUUGAAGAAAAACCGACUUUUAAAUUAAAGAGGAUUUCUAAGUAAUUUUUAAAGGACGCGAUGUGCACCGAUUUCUUGUACUGUUCUACCAUAAUUACAGAUAAUAUAUAGACAGUUUUAUGUCUGUCUAUAUUUGCGCAAUACAGUUACCCGAUUUUUCGCCUGUCACCUGAUUUUUCAAAUGAUUCUGCGAUAAUAUAUAUAUUCAUAUAUCGGCCGAGAUUUUUUGCAAUACAUGACACAAUAAUUUACUUUAGUGGUUCCAACAUAAUUCUUGAUAUUGUAAAACUGUUUUAUUUUGUGAGAAAAGUUUCAUCAGCACUUUGUAUUAUAUUUCUUCACCGUUAAUAAAUAUUUAUAUUGCUUCCAUAUUGGUCACCUUUGAUUUUCUUCACUAAAUGUUUCUUGAAAUAUAA